AUGGGUUCCUCGUCAGCUUCCAUCACCGAUGGCAACAUCAAUACAUCCACAGAUUCGGCGUCGACGCUCGUCACCAGCAUCACUCAUACAGAUACAUCGGAGACUUGCGAUUCACUUGAUUUGGGUGAUAAUUCGGGCCAGAGUGAACCGUUGUUCAGUUCACUGGAAGAGCCACUGCUGACCGCCAUACAAAUCGAUUCGGAGCACGAGAAUGGCACCGAACUGGAAUUAACAAGUUGCAACAUGUACAAUCGACCGGAUAUGAAUGUACAGGACAGCACUGAGAGUCAAGAGUCUUCGCUGUCCAUUCUCACUAUAGAACCAUCCUCCACCACACCGCUGCUUGCCUCGCAUCGCCGCCAGAAUAGCAGUAAAUGCGGCACGUCUGCUCCACCUGCCGCCAAACUGAGCAAAAACACAGGCAUUGUGUCGGCAAAUACCAAAGAACGGCUGCCGAAUACUGCACCGGCGCCCAGCAGCGGUACCAAGCACUUCACUUUCGAUCCACCAAUAUCACCAAAAUCAGCGCGCACAAGCGAAAAGUCACGCACACAUUUCAGCUUUAAAGAACAGCAGGCACAUCAAGCUAUGCAUCAGACUCGUCGCGGCAGCAAUUGGGAGGACCAACGCACGAACACCACCAACUUCAUGGAGGAGCGUAGUCCGACGAGCGGUGGAGGACGACGUGAUAACUCACCAAAUCGCAGCAAAUAUCGCGCCUAUGCGGCACAACGUCACGCUGCAGCUGCAGCCGCAGCACAAGCAUAUUACGAACAGCACCAACUAGCUGAUGAUGAGGAAUCCUUGGAGGGUACACGCAGCAAGAAAUUGCGCUCAAGGGAGACAAGCGGCAGCGCACGUCAACGUCAUCCGCCGGGUAACAGUGGAAAUGCGACUAGUCCUAAACGCGAGCAGCGUCGCUCGCCUUCCAGCUCGGCACCACCCACCAUGAAAGAGGGUCAUUUCUUUGCCAGCAGCGGCGGUAAACCAAAACAACUAUCGCCAGCAUCCCAACAGCGCAAGUAUUCGUCCAGCUCGUCAUCGGGUGGCAGCGAACGUGGCCGGGAACGCACCAAAGAUUCCACAAUGUUUCCGUUCGAUCGGGAAGCUAUUGAUUAUGAGCGUAUACAGCGUGAGUGCUUUGCAGUUGACGAAAACUCCAGUUCAACAACUACGUCCAGCGACUCCGAUGAUGCUGAGCCCUGCUCGGUGUAUGAGCGGAAAAUGUCGGCACAUCAUAUUUCGUCUAACAAAACUGGCGAGGUCUUUCAGCAAUACAAAAUCUUGGCGCAGCAUGAGCAAGUGCCACCGCCCAUAGAAAUACAGUCAAACGGACCAUCGUCGCGAAAGAAUUCGAAACGCAUCCGGCCUAGUUCCGUCAUACACGCGACGAUACGUGAAAGUCAACCAUAUGUGCCACAGACGGACGCAUUCUAUCCGCAGAAGGUCAAACAACAAUCGCCGGGAGAAUAUGCGCCGAUCGGUGGCGUUGGCGGUGGUGGGGGAGUGGGAAGCAGACAGCAUUCACCCAAAUCCUUCGCUGAACUGAACAAGUUUGAGGAGAUCGCUUCGAAAUUCGAGCAAAUACCACCGAAACAACAGCCGCAAGUUGGCAAGACAGCGGGUGGUAGCCCAUCAGGCAGCAACAAUAAUAUGUUGAUUGGCAGUGCGUUGCAGGCAACAAAUAGCGGCAAUAGCAACAAUAAUGGAACCGGCAGCGGGAUGGCUGAUACGGUGGCGCCAACGUCGAGCCCAACCGGGUCAAUGCGCGGCACGAUAUCACCGCCACUACCAAAUUUACGUGUCGACUUCUUCGCCGAGUCGCAAAUGAUGCAUCCGCGCAAGCGAUCGUCGAAAAAGAAGCAAGUCACAGCCAAAACGGGUCUGACCAACGCGACGCACGACAUUUUGGAUGAGAGCCAAAGAUGUGUUGGAGGCAUGCUGCUGUCAGCUGGAGCGGGGGCUGGUGGCGCUGGACCCAUCAACGUCACAUCAAAUCCUAUGGAUGUGGCGGUCUGUACGCCACCGCGAGCCACCAUUGUCGUGCAACAAGUAAGUACAAAAACACCAACGUUUUACAAAUACAAAUGCGAAUAA